GGAUGGAGCGCAACCGUCUGCCCACAGAGCAGCGGGAGAGAGGACAGAUGGAGGCCGACCAAACGCCAACCACCGCCGGCGACGCAACAACAGGGACAUGUCCUCCUCCGACUCCCUGGAGGAGUCUCACUGGGAGAAGGGGCACCUUCGGAGAGCGAGGGCCAGCGACGGGGACUGGAGCCCAGAACGCACCCCAGAGAAGUCCGUCGGGGCUCAGCGAGGGGGAUCUGUCUCCGUGGGGGGCCGAGGAGGGAUCCUGAGGGUGGCGGUGGACAGGCAGACGUGUUCCACCCGUGGCGCCCCAGCGCCCGCAGACGGCCCGCCGGGCAGGAGGCAGAGUGAGGCACCGCGCGGGCGCGGCAGGGGCAUCCUGGUUCUGCCAGCCCACACCGACCUCACCAGGUCGCCAGAGCCGGGACCCAAGCUGUUCGGGGGGGCGCGUUGGAGCCGGGGGAGGGGCGGCCGUGGGGGGGGCACCAGGAGGCUCUGGGACCCCAACAACCCCGACCAGAAGCCCGCCCUGGCUGCCCGCGGUCAGCUGCACCCCCCGCACGGCACCGCCCAGCUCCCCCUCUACAUGCUGCCCCACGGCGGCUACGGCCCGCUGCACUUCCACGACACCGACGACGAGGCCGCCGGGAGCCCUCCCGUCCACAAGGGGGAGCACUUCAAAGCCCACCCCAACUCCGCCGUGGCCUACUACAAGUUCCAGAACUCAGACAACCCCUACUGCUACCCGGUGCCAGCCGACGCCUCGGGCACGCCCCCCCGCUACGCCUACCCGUACGCCGUGCCCUACGCCGGCGCCAUGUACCCGUCUCCGCCCCACUACAGCUCCUACGGGCCGGCCGCGCAGGGCGGGCACCAGGCGGGGCCACCGCUGUCCCCAGAGGAGGCGGAGGAGCAGGCGCGCGGCGAGCUGGCCAGGCUGCUCAGGGCUGCACUCACACAGGAGCUGCAGCUCAGCAACCUGCUGUCCAGAGACCACGUCAGCCUGGACGGCCUGGAGCGCAUGGCCCAGCUCAGGGCGGAGCUGUUGACCAUGUAUGAGCGAGUGCUCCUGACCGACAUUGAGUUCUCUGACUCUCAGAAUCUCGACCAGGCACUGUGGAAGAACGUGUUCUACCAGGUGAUCGAGCGGUUCCGUCAGAUGAUGAAGGAAUCUCCCGCGGACACACCUGCUUAUGUGCGCAACAUGCUCUUCACCGUGCUGGACGAGGGGGCAGUGUUCUUUGACGGGCUGCUGCUGAAGCUCCAGACUGUGUUCCAGUUUAAGCUUGAGGACUACAUGGAUGGCAUGGCCAUACGGUCGCGCCCUCUGAGGAAGACGGUGAAGUAUGCCCUGAUCAGUGCCCAGAGGUGUAUGAUCUGUCAGGGCGACCUCGCCAGGUACCGGGAGCAGGCUACUGAUUCUGCCAACUACGGCAAGGCUCGCAGCUGGUACUUGAAGGCCCAACAGAUCGCCCCCAAAAAUGGCCGUCCGUACAACCAGCUGGCCCUUUUGGCUGUCUAUACGAAAAGGAAGUUGGAUGCUGUGUACUACUACAUGCGGAGCUUGGCUGCCAGUAACCCGAUCCUGACGGCUAAGGAGAGCCUGAUGGGGCUAUUUGAGGAAGCCAAACGCAAGACAGAUGACGUGGAGCGGCGUAAGCAGCAGGAGUCGGAGGGGGCAUCCCGCGGACCGCGGGGGAGAGGAGGAGGUAGAGGAGGAGGAGGAGGUGGAGGAGGGCGUGGAAGUGUGGACCACACGCGGGAGGAGAUCUGGAUCCGACCGAGCCGGCAGCCGGGAGGCUCGUGGCCAGAGAGUGAGUCCGGUAAAGAUUCUGACCUGGACGGAGAGCUGGGAACACUCAGCUCCAGAGAUCUUCAGAAGAGGUUCAUCCUCAGUUUCCUGCACGCCCAUGGAAAGCUCUUCACUAAAGUCGGCAUGGAGACGUUCCCUGCUGUAGCGAGUCGGGUUCUUCAGGAGUUCCGGGUUCUGCUGCAGCACAGCCCCUCCCCUCUGGGAAGCACACGCCUCCUCCAGAUAAUCACCAUCAACAUGUUCACUAUUCACAAUGCACAAAGCCGAGAUGGUGACGGGGACGUUCGGUCCAUGCUGCAGGAGCAGGCCACCUCACUGGGCUUGGCCAUGUUUGGGCUCCUAGUGCAGCGCUGCUCACAGCUGGUGAGAGAGGCACCCACAGAUGCGGUGUGUGUGGACGGUUGUGAGGCCGGCUCCAACUGCACGGACUGCGCCGUGGAGAAGAUGGUGCGUGUGUCGGCCUUCUCGCCCAACCUCCACGAGCUGCUGCCCAGUGCCAAGGUCUGGUCCGACUGGAUGCUGGGACACCCAGAGAACUGGAACCCCCCACCCAACAGCAUGUAUAGCAGCGGUGGUGUUGUGAGUGUGUGGGUGUGCCUGGCGGAGCUGUGUAAUGAGCUGGCGCGUGUGUACCAUGACGAGGCGGCGCUGUACAAGGUGGAGGGGGGUGGAGGGGGAGGAGACGAGGAGCUGGCUCUGCUCCUGCUGGAGGAGGACCGCCUGCUGGCCGGCUUUGUGCCCCUCCUCGCCGCCCCCCAGGAGCCCUGCUACAUCGACCGCUCCACCGACCAGGCGAUCGCUGCGGACUGUAAGCGUAUCACCCAGCUGAAGUACUUCCUGGAGGCCUUGUGUGGACAGGAAGAGCCAUUACUGGCCUUCAAAGGAGGGAAGUACGUCUCCAUGGUGACUGCCCCCACGCCAGCCAGUGAGCAGCAGCUGAAGGAAAACCAGAAUGAUGAUGUCAUCGUGGAGGCGGAGUCUUCCCAGUCUGGCUCAGAGGCGGACCUAGAGGCGGAGCUAGCGGAUGGCAGUGGGGAUGACAUCAAGGAGCUGAGGGCCCGACGGAACGUGCUCUCUCAGAAGCUGGCACAGCAGCAGAAACGCAGGGACAAGAUCCAGGAGGUGCUGCAGACGUGUCGGCGCCUGGAGCUGCAGAUCCAUCCGGUGUACCUGGUACCUGACACCAACGGCUUCAUCGACCACCUGGAGGGCCUGCACAGCCUGGUGGCCUGCAGCCUCUAUGUGGUGGUCGUGCCCCUCAUAGUGAUCACCGAGCUGGACGGGCUGGCGAAGGGCCAGCAGGACUGUCGUGAUGGUGGCGGCGCCCACGUGCGGCACGUGCAGGAGCGGGCGAAGGAGGCAGUGGGCUUCCUGGAGAAGAGCUUUGAGGCCCGAGAGCCCUGCCUGCGUGCCCUCACCAGCCGUGGGAACCAGCUCGACUCCAUCGCCCUCCGCAGUGAGGACAUCUCCGGACAGAAGGGCACUAAUGACGACGUGAUCCUCAGCUGCUGCCUGCACUACUGUAAGGACAAGCCCAAGGACCUCAUGCCCUCUCAGCAAGAUGGGAAGGUGCGGUUGCGUAGGGAGGUGGUUCUCCUGACGGACGACAGGAACUUGCGUGUGAAGGCGCUGACUCGGAACGUGCCGGUGCGCGACAUCCCCGCGUUCCUGCGCUGGGCGAAAGUGGGCUGAAGGCAACGCGUCUCGACGUGCACCGGGAGACCACACUCGACUCGACUCGACAUCCACGCCACCACGUGGAGAGAGAGCGACGAAUGAACAACCUCACAGAGCAGCGAGAGAGAGGGGGAGAGCGAGAGAGAGGGAGAUGGGAAGAGAAGAAGAGAGAGAAUGUGUUUGGGAGACUGAACUUCAGAGGGAAAAAAGAAGCUUUGAAAGGCAGAUGAAUUUAUUAAAGGAGGAAAAGUUAGGAGCUCUUCUCUUUCCCACCUGUGUGUUGCCAGAGGAAUGAAUGAAUGGAGGGAGAGUGGAAUGAGAGGGAGGGAGGGAGAGAGAGAAGGAGGGAGGGAGUGAUGCUUGCUUGCCAGAGGAGUUGAGGGGAGGUUGCUGAUGAGGCUGUGUAGUGGGCUCUAGGCCACCAGCCACCUGCAAGAAGAACUCUUUAGCUGUUUCAGAGAGUAUGUGUGUGUUCGUGUUCUAUGAACAUGUGAUUGAUAGGAUCUGUCGUGUGUGUGUGUUUAGACCUCUGCUUACAUAGGCUAGUUUAUGCAGGUGUGCGUGUCUGUACCAGAGAACUCCACUAGGGGGAGCUCUGAGAGCAGCUCUGCGCGGCGGCUCAGACCACAGCCUGGGGCUUCCUAUGGACCCUUGAGGAAGGGGCUGGGGCAACCCUCACAAAGGCCCCCCACGCCAUGUUUGGGCCUGCCUGGCUCCUGCGCUGUGGCCAGGGACACGGCACUGGGGGGUGGACGGCCUUGGCCAGCACCCCACCCACCCCAGGGCCAACACAGCUCUGGCUUCUGUUCACAUGUAGUUGCCUUCAAACUGCACCUUGUUUUAAGGGGUAUAUGGUAUCUUGUGUUCAGGGGUAUCUGGUUGAACUCUUCUGUGGUUAGAUGUGCCUAACUGACGGAGUAAACAUGACCUUUGUUUGUUUGUUUGUUUGUUUGUUUGUUUGUUUUGGGGCAUGUUUGCUGUUGCCCACUUGUUCUGGUUCCGCUGUUUGAGCAGCAGUUCUGGUUCCACUGAGGUUCCGCUGUUUGAGCAGUUGUGUUCUUGUUCUGGUUCCACUGAGGUUCCACUGUUUGAGCAGUUGUGUUCUUUUCCUUCUUCAUUUGCAGCAUGUAGAGUAAUUGUUUUUGUUGUUUAUGUUAGAAGUGGUGUUUUGAGCUUUGUGGUUGAUUUGUGGCACAAAUAUUUUUUUUCUUCUUUCAUUUGAGGUGUUUUUCUUUGACGGGUCCAUUUUUGUAAAGGCCUUUUGUCUAAUUUGCAGGUUUAAGGGAGGUUAAGAUCUUUAUUUACAGUCAUCUUCAGACCUGGUACAUCUUAACUGGUCACAUGAACUGUUCUCACCAGUCUUUGUUAACUUCACAAGUUGGUGAAGUCUAAUCUCUAAUCUCUAGAUAUUGUGUGGUUCCCUGUGUGUGUGUGUGUGUAUGCAUUUGUCAUUUAAAAAUGGCUCACAUAGUCAACAGUCUUGAUAUGAUUCUAUUAUGUGCAGUUGGCUUCUGAGUAGAAUUCCUUUGGGAACGUGUACAUACCACCUGAAAUUGACCAUUAAGUUGUCAAACGCAGUACCUAUCAGUCCAAAACUCAGCUGAUUUAAUGUCUUGCUACGGAAUCUAUCAAUAUAUAUAUAUAUAUAUAUAUAUAUAUAUAUAUAUAUAUAUAUAUAUAUAUAUAUAUAUAUAUAUAUAUAUAUAUAUGAUUUAUGUCUCUGAUGUCUCUUUAGUGCUAUGCUUGGUUAAAUAGCAAAAUCUGUCUGAAGAGGAAUCUGGAUUUUGUUGAGAACAAUGGAUAAAAAAAAAGUGAUUGAAAAGAUGGCUUUCUUAUAAACAAAGUGAUUGAAAAUAAUAAACCUGAAAUAUAUACGCA